CCACAAGUGUUUUGUUUGACUCGCCAAUGUCAAACCACAACGCAGGAAAAACACGAUAAAAUUAGAAUUUUAAAAUAUUGCCAGCAUACAUACCGCAUCAUCCCAUCAAUCACCUAAAAAAUAGGCAACCUGCAAAAUAAAAAUAUACCAAUAAAUGCGGCAUGCAAAUAGUUUGACAAGUGGCACGCUAUUUUCCACGAGUUUCCGGUUUAUUCAAUUCCAUCCUUUAUAUUCAGACACACAAGUAGCACGUAGGUUUCAUAGGUUUCAUGACAAAACUACAUAUUUAUAUAUCAUUUGGACGAUAUGCAGAUGAAUUUUGAGAAUCAGUUGGAAAAUGGAGCAAUAAAAAAAUAUCUGGUUUUAUUAAUGUGUAUCAGUUUCUCAAUAAAAAUAAUAUUGGGAAAAUGCAACGAUUAACCUUGACCAUAACUGUUUUUAUCCUACCCACUUUAAUUGGACAGACAUCAGCAACAUUUGUUACGGAAGAAAAUUUACACGAGGAAACCAACUUCACGACUUCCAUCUCUACUACUGAAGCUACGCUUUACUCUCACAAUGAAACCGACCCCGUCUCAAUUUACGACAUCUUGUCAUCAACCACGGAAUCCGUCGAAGAAGAAGAACGCCACAAGUUUGUCAGCACUCCGGAAGAAAUCAUUCUGGAGCACACGGAUUUCGUUACCCUUCGUCUCCAACAUCUUCUCAACCAAACGACGUCAAACAUGACAGAAUUGCGAGUACUUCAACAGUUCGAGUUUAACACGAACUUGACGUAUUAUCGGGAAGGAUGGGAACACGCGACGAGAAUGUAUAACGAGUCAAAAAAAUCUCAGAUUUUUGCAGCCUUUGCAAAUUCAUCGGUUAUCUUAAACGCUCCUGAAGAGUAUCACAUCGCCCUUAUUGCGUACUCUGGGCCGUACAUCUAUUCUGACUUUAAUGAUAAGACGCGAGCCCUCUGUUCCGGUUUGGACAUUGACAAUUAUGAAUACAAGAGUUUUUUUAAGCUGUUGGAAUUGGCGAUAGAGCAUUUGGGACCGGAAAUUGAACGGUUGACGAGUAAUUAUUCUACUAGUAGUAAUAGGACAAGCGGCGUUCUGUAUCGCGGUGUAUCACGCACAUUCGCAUUGAAACUUGGUCAAAGGCUUGCAUUUCAGCAUUUUAUCUCCACCUCGAUGAAUCCAAACGUAGCGAACGGAUUCUCUUGGGGGAGUGGGGCCACCGUUUUUGAGAUUCAUGCUGAGCGAAACCACACCUUCCGAGACGGCGCUUACAUCGGGAUCCAUUCAAUUUACUCUGGCGAAGAGGAAGUUCUGCUUUCUCCGCUCCAAAUAUUUCAAGUGGAAAGCAUCCUUUCCGCAAAGGAUGAAGAACAUGAGAAGGGAAUUGUACGAGUCGUGCUACAAACGGUGAGCAUCAUUCCACCAACGCCUCCCCGACGAGAUGAAGAUUGCGUCUUUAAUCUUGAGAAACUUAAGGCGAUGAAGGAAUACGGGACAAAAUUAAAGCUGGCAGUUUCGAUCCUGGGAGCAAUUUUAUGCACAUUUUUACUAGUCGGGGGUAUACUUUCGCUCUACAUGGUGAUCAAGGGGAGAAGAUUUUGUCUAAAGAGGAGGACCGAUUCCGAACUUCAGUUGACGUGAUGAUUAAUACGGCAAUUGUUUUUUUACGCAUCACAAAAUUAUAUUUUUCACCAUUUAUUCAGGUAGACUGGUAGUAGACAUAUAUCAUUAUAUAAUUUGUUCUUCUGGUUAUUUAUCGUUAUAUGUUAUAAAAGGUUAUAUAUAUUGUUUUAAAGAUUAGUAAAUCUUUGGACUUUUCUACGAUGCGGGGUUUUCUACAAAUAUAUAAUCAGUCAUGCACAACCAAA